AGCAACUUUUCAAACUUUUUCCACUUUCUGAGUACAGCUAUACAUCUCUGUAUACUUGAACUAUGUUUAAAUAUCAUCGGAAUCACUGUGAAUUUACGUAUGUCACUUCUAUUGAAGCCUAACUGAGAACAGAAAGAUGUGGUUUCACUUUCUGUUUUGGGUCGCAGUGACUGUCAGCGCAGGAGAACCACUCUACAGGAACAUAGGUGACAAAGCUGUUCUCACACCAGACUCUGUGGUGAAUCCCAUCACCAGCAUAACAUGGAAACAUGGAGCUGAUAUUGCCAUGGAGUGGUAUGGAGACGAGACUUACUCCUACCGAAACUUCAAAGAUCGUGGUUCACUGAACAUUUCAAGUGGAGAGAUGACGAUCACAGGACUGACUGGAGACGACAGCGGCAUCUACACAGCAGAGAUCAACAAUAAAGUCAACAGAAAGAUUCAACUCCUAGUUAUCUCUCCUGUCCCUAAACCCUCCCUCUCUGUAUGGUGUGAUGCUUGGAGCUACUGUGUCUUCAACUGUAGUGGCAACACUGCAGGAGCUGAACCAGUCACUUACUGGUGGACGUCAGGUGACACGACUUGGCCUUCAACCAAGGAGCUCAAAAUAACAUGGAAGGAAACUAAGCAGUGGUUCAUCUGUUCUUUUAAAAACCCAGUCAGCUCCAACAGCAGUGAAAAAGUCCUCAACCCCUUCAUAAAACCACUCUACAGGAACAUAGGUGACAAAGCUGUUCUCACACCAGACUCUGUGGUGAAUCCCAUCACCAGCAUAACAUGGAAACAUGGAGCUGAUAUUGCCAUGGAGUGGUAUGGAGACGAGACUUACUCCUACCGAAACUUCAAAGAUCAUGGUACGCUGAACAUUUCAAGUGGAGAGAUGACGAUCACAGGACUGACUGGAGACGACAGCGGCAUCUACACAGCAGAGAUCAACAAUAAAGUCAACAGAAAGAUUCAACUCCUGGUUAUCUCUCCUGUCCCUAAACCCUCCCUCUCUGUAUGGUGUGAUCCUGAGAACACCUACUGUGUCUUCACCUGUAGUGGCAACACUGCAGGAGCUGAACCAGUCACUUACUGGUGGACGUCAGGUGACACGACUUGGCCUUCAACCAAGGAGCUCAAAAUAACAUGGGAGGAAACUAAGCAGUGGUUCAUCUGUUCUUUUAAAAACCCAGUCAGCUCCAACAGCAGUGAAAAAGUCCUCAACCCCUUCAUAAGAGAACCACUCUACAGGGAAACUGGUGACAAAGCUGUUCUCACACCAGGCUCUGUGAUGAAUCCCAUCUACAGCAUAAAAUGGAUAUAUGAAGAUUUUAUUGCCAUGGAAUGGCAUGGAGGCAAGACUUACUCCUACCGAAAAUUCAAAGAUCGGGGUUCACUGAACAUUUCAAGUGGAGAGAUGACGAUCACAGGACUGACUGGAGACGACAGCAGAAUCUACACAGCAGAGAUCAACAAAAAAGUCACCAACAAGAUUCAACUCCUGGUUAUCUCUCCUGUCCCUAAACCCUCCCUCUCUGUAUGGUGUGAUUCUUGGAGCUACUGUGUCUUCACCUGUAGUGGCAACACUGCAGGAGCUGAACCAGUCACUUACUGGUGGACGUCAGGUGACACCACUUGGCCUUCAACCAAGGAGCUCAAAAUAACAUGGAAGGAAACGAGGUUGUGGUUCACGUGUUCUUUAAACAACCCAGUCAGCUCCAGCAGUGAACAUGUCUUCAACCCCUUAAUGAGAAAUAUAAUCAUCCUAACAACAUAUGGAGUGAUUCUGGUUGUGUGCUUCAUCUCCUAUUUAAUGUUCCAUUCCGUAGACGUUCCUAAUGGAAUAUACUGGGUGAUAAUCAUCAUAAUAAGACCAGUUGGACUGAUUAUGGCUGGGUGUUUUAAUAUCAUCCAUUUAAUCUUCCCAUGUGAAAAAGUUCGUCGUGGGAUAUUCUGGGUGAUAAUCAUCAUAAUAGCACCAGUUGGAUUGAUUGUGGCUGGUUGCAUGUACAUCAUCAAGGGUGUCUUCCAUUUAAUGUCCCGAUGUGGAGACGAGAUGAAGUUCAUGGCGACACCGGUUGAAUGGAUUGAGUCAGAUGUCGAGGACAUCAGGGAAAUGAUCAGCUAUGAUGAUGACCUGCUUGACAAAGCUGGGUAUGGGAUAUUCUUGGUGACAGUCACGAUAAUAGCACCAGGUGCACUGAUUCUGGUUUUGUGCAGUGUCAUCCCCAUCACUAUCAUCUAUUUAAUAUACAAAUGUGGAAAAGCUCUCCAAAAGAAACUCAAACGGAACCCAACAUCUGGUGUGACCCGGGGUACCAGAAAUACAGCUGAUACUGAUACUGAUAAUGAUAGCCAAAACAUUGAGAAGAACUUAACACAGGACCAGGAAACUGCUGUGGACUCAGAUACCAGCAAUGAAACUAAGAAGCCAGAAAGUCUUCCAGCUUUAGAGGAAACAUCCACCCAGGACACAUCUACUGCUCCUCCAGAAACCUGUAAUGAAACUGCAGCAGCAGAUUUACAGAGCUGUAACAGGGACCUGGAACCACAAGGGGGAAGGAGGAGUGGAGAUUGGAGUGAUAUCAGAGAAACAAGUGCCAUGCUGGUCACUGAAUGCUCAGUAACCAACGAUGACAUUGAGAGUCAGAACCAGCAAAACCCCCACAUCAAAAUGCCCCUCAUUGUGAAUGGAGACAAUUACGAGCUGGACUGUGAUGGUUGA